AUAUACAUACAUAAAUUUGUCAUCUAAAAUUAUUUGUUAAAGAUGACUGCAGAACUGGAGUACAAUGUCUAUGUGCUUAAUAAUUAAGUUAAUCCAGGGCAGUGUCCAAUGAUAAAAUAUUGCACGCAUUAUUAACUCAAAAAUAUAAUUUCAAAAAAAAAAAAAUCACCUCAGUCUGCCAGCGUGGUAUUGUCCGAAAAGAUAACGAGAGGGUCCACUCGUGACCGCAGGGGAAACUCGUCGGUUAGAGUUAUCGUUCGUAACGUGAUGUUAAGAAACGACAUGGCGCUAGCAAGCAAAGGUGAUCGUGUGAGGCAAGGUGGACAGUUUUGUUCUGCAAUUAACUGUCAGAACGGCAGGUUUAAAUUAACCUCAAAAGGAAAACGUUUUCACAAUUUCCCAAAGGACGAAGAGAGGUGCAAAAUAUGGAUGGACUUUACGAGAAGGAAAGAUUUUGACCAUCUUACACCAUCUGAUGUGUAUGGAAAAGGCUACUGUCUAUGUUCUGAUCAUUUCGAGGAAAGUCAGUACAACUGUCCAACCCAAAAAAAAAGUCUUGUCUGGAAUGCUGUACCCACGGUUUUCUCCAUUCCAAAUCCACCAUGCAAGGUAACGUCUUCAAGAAAACGACCAAUGGACAGAAUGUCCAAACCUACCUCUGCAAAGCAGCCCAGGAUUUUACAGAAAGCUGUAGUCUUGCAUGAAGAACAAGCAGAUAUUGCAGUUGAGCCUGCAUGCUCUAGAACUGUGCCAGAUUCUCCUACAAAAGCAGAAUUAAAGAUGGAGAUCACAAAUCUUAAAGAAAAACUGAGCAGCCUGAUGGAAGAACUCAACAAGAAGGAAACAAAAAAGCAUAGCAGAAACAGGGGGAGCCAAAAAAAAGCAGAAAAAGCUUCCAUUUUAAAACAACUGUCUACCAUUCUUCCAUCUGAGAGCAUGACAUUUUUUACAUCACAGUUAAGAGAAAAUAAUAAGAGCAAGAAUGGAUAUAGAUGGACAGAGAAUGACAAGGCCCUGGAUGAAAUUUUUUCAUCUCAUCCUGUCAGCACUAAUACAUCUGUCAGCACUGAUACCCUGAACUCAAGUGAAAGCAUUAGUAAAUGCAUGGAAGCAAACACAUGGCUCACAAAAACUGAAGGAAAUGAUGACAUAAACUUGCAGCCAUUAAGUAAACCUACAGAAAACAAGCACCCAUGCCCUGUGAAGAAUAAAAGACCAGUUAAAAGGACUUCAAAGACUGGUACUGGGUGUCCUAAAAUUGUCUUGAAAACGAUUAAAAUGGAAGACAAUCCAGAUAUUGGUAACAUUGGCAUGACAUCUUCCACUCCCCGUGAACAGUAUAUGGAUGCUUCAUGUCUAUACAAUGUCGGUGCACUGGAUCAGUUGCCUUAUACCAUUGCAUGCCCUGUUGACUCAAGUGCCAGCAGUGAGGAAGAAUGCCCUGCACUCAGUACACAGCUGGGGGUUUGUGAUGUGACGGAAGAGGCAGUGACAGAACGUCUGUCCCCGUCAUAUUCCACAUCAAGGGACAGUAAUAACAAAAAAAAUAUGCAGCCAUGAGAUAACAUUACUGACACCUAAGAGUGAACCACAAAGAACAAGAACUCUUAAAAAUGUGAAGUCUUCAUAUUCACGUUGCCUGAACACUGAAAGUCAGAAUGAGGAUAUAAACCUGAUAGAUCCUGACUUUAUUAAAAAAGAGCCAAAGGAUUUUGAGACAUGGAAUGGUGAAACUAUGACACAGAUAGGUAGUCACAGUUGUGAGAACACAACGGGGACAGAGAUUACAAUGCCUGGAAGUGAGGAAUCAUCUUGUGUGAACAAGUUAACUCAUUUUAUAAAGAAAGAACCUGAAGACUUCGAUUCAUCAUGGAGUAUGGCGCAGACAGAUGGUUUUGAAAAUAAAAUGGAGACCAAUGUUUAUCCAACAGGAAUGUAUUGUAAUGUACACUUUGCUCAUCUGAAGAAAGGGGAUCUUCAGUGAUGCAGCAAAAGAUAUUUCUCACAUUGCUACUGCGUGCAGAUAAAGAGAAUUUUCUAAGCUUCUUUUUGCCAUGAGUUUUUUCUUUAAAAAGAUAAGUGAAAAGUGUUCAUUGGUAUUGGUUAUUCAGUCACAUGUUAACAGUGUAAGUAGUCUCUGUGAACAUUCUUUUUAUUGGGCUCCUGGCCAUGCUGGUAUCUCAGGCUGCCCAGGCUGCAUGUUAGUCUCCUGGCAAAUUACACUUGCUGGUAACAUCAAACUGUAAAUCUAUUUUCUCCGCAUUUGUUCAGUCCCUAUGGCAAUGCUAUUUUACAUUAUUGUUUACUGCUUGCGUUGGUUUUUAAAAAUAUAAUGGUUAUAUUACUUGGGGGGUUUUAUCCCUAAACUUUUUAAGGUAAAAUUACUUUUUGUCACCAUGAUAUAGCCUUAGUUGCUGGCACAGCGUUAAAUACAAACCUCGGUAAAUAUUUUUAACAUGCAGGAGAACUCGAAGCUGGAAUACCAAUUCAGUAAGUGAAGUAUUUUUGUCAUCAGAUCAUGGUAUAAAUGUUGCAGGGGGACCUGGUAGUGUAGUGGUUAAAACACUCCUGCUGUCAUCACUGCAGUAAGAAGCCUGGGUUAAAACACUAGUUUUGUGACAGUGAUGCCUGUUUACAGAGCUGGCUCUCGGGGUUUUCUUUGGGCACUCAGUUUCCUCUUCCUUUCACUUCCUAGUGUGAAAUCACCUCUGGUGGAAACAUGUUUCACCAAUCAACCAACCAUAUAAACCAUAUUGCAUAAAUAUUUUAGUGAGUAUAGCAAGAAGAGAUUGAUUGCUCUUGUUAAACAUUUCUAUUGCAGAAAAUAUUGCCCAUAAAAUUUUGUAAAUUUUGAGUGAGUAAUUUUUGCAUCUUUAUUCAGAUUAACUUUUUUAUGUCGCUUUCAGUUUUGCAUAAGAUGGUUGAUCUUAUCCAGUUUUGAAGAACGUGGAAAAAUUCAGUUGACUCAUGACUUUUUUUCCUUUAUGCGCCUGUUGAUUCACUAUUCUGUAAGCAGGACAUAUAACAUUUGUUUUGAUGAGAUAUCCUUUCCAAUCAUCUUUUAGUCAAUUAAGCGGUUUACCUCUUUGUGUGAUAUUUUGACACAGGUACAGCAUACACUUUAAAACUUGUGAUCUAAAAUUCUAGGACUUGUCAGUGAGAGGGGAAAGGCAGAUGUACUAGCAGUUACCAACAGACACCUUUCUAGAAUACAGCUAGGGCUGAGGUAUCUCCAGCAAGUGCUUGCAGUUAAAAUGCUGGCAAGGAUAGUACGACCCCCUACUAUUCGUAGGCAUUGAGAAGAAACUGACUCAUGGUAGUCAACAAAAGCUCAAGUGCAAAGUUUAUCAUUUUUUUAUUGUUUGAAGUUAAGUUAAAUUUUUUAUAUUUUUCUUUUUGCUACAAAUGUGUGUUGUUUGAAGACACAAAUCAUGAGUGGACUGUAAGAUAUGUGCAUUAGGUGUAACAAGAGAUAAUAAAAACUACUAAUACCUGAGGUCUGAUUCAGACCAAUAAAACUACAAAAACACCGCCAUCGCCCACAUACUUUAGUAGUUAUCCUGAUAUUCACAUUUAUGUCAGCAGAAAAUAUACAAAACUGUAUUUGCUAUUCUUUUUCACGAUGAUUUAAAGAUGGUAUAUAGCCAUAAUGUGUACAUUGUUGUAGAUAAAGUUUGUCUUAAGAAAAGUGUUGUUCUUAGUCUUGUGGCUCUAUGGAUGAUUCUUGUGGUUUCUAGAGCUGUGUUCAUGAAGCAAAUGUAAGUCGUCCUGGACAAAUUGAGGGUAAGGAUCUUCAUCUAAAUAGUUACAAAGUGAUGUCUAGACCACGAGGACUAGUUUUAAAUCGGUGGCAAAGAUACCCCGAGGUAAAGAAAAAAAAAAA